GAAUGUACUAAAAAAUUUUACAUGAGCUCAGCUAUUCAAUGAAAAAUAUAUUUUCCAAUAAAAAAGUUGAAUUUGAAAAUUACAGUAAUGUUUGUCAUGAACAGAAAGUAAUAUUCUAUUAAAUACAGACUGAGUUUAUAGCUACAGUACCGUAGCAGUUAUUCCUCUCUGGAUUUUCAGCAAAAUAAUGUCAAUAGCAAGCGAGACGGGAUCGAACAGGCAAACUGUCAUUUCAGACAUAGGAGAUUUGAAAGAUUUUGAAAGUGAACCUGAAAUUUUUCGAGAAAGUUUUAAAUUUGAGUCAAAAGAUGAUUAUAAUAAAAUUUCCAUUGGAACGAUUGCAUCAACUCAAUCUGGAAAUAUUGAAUUUAACGGAUUCAAGUCGAAAGAAUCUUUCUCCUCAAUACAGGAACUUUUGCGUUAUGUAGAAGAGAACGAAACCAGAUUUGUCGGUUCACGAACUAACGUAUACAAUGAUUCAGGAUGUGAUAAAAUGAAAUUUGAACCAUUUUGUGAUUCUAAUAAAAAAUGUCAGAGGAACAAAUCUCCAGUGAAACUGUUCAAAGCACACUGCAUUUGCCCAAUAGCAUCAAAUACGCUCGACAACAAAAUACAAGAAUCAGAGAGUUCAAAAUUGUAUGAGCAGCAUGCUGGGCAUGAAAAAAUACCAAAAUCACCAGUAAUUGUAUUUGAGGUGGAGCCUUAUUCGGUGCUUUUCUUGAACUGUGAGCCCGGAAAGACUUAUGUUAAAAGCAUCAAAGUAACAAACAUAACCAAAAGGUUGCAAAAGUUCGAGGUGGACCCCCCACCGCACAGUUCUCCUUUCAAAAUGAAAAUCAUGCUACCGACAGAUUACUGUACCAGGAACACAAUAGCUGCCGGAUUGUCUUUCAGGAUCCAGAUAACUUAUUCCUGCAAAGGACAUGAAAAUUUCGAAGAGACAUUGAGAAUAGAAGGCGGAUUCGUAUCACCGAUUCUCAUCCAAGUUAGAGUUCACCACUGUCAACCUAUUUUAGCUGAGCUUGCAGCGCCUGAAAACUUAUUCGAGGAAAGUGAAGCAGUUGUAAUUUGCAAUAGCUGCCUGCCAACUGAGUCAACAGUCACUCGGGUUGAGUUAUUAAACUACAGCAAAACAUUCAAAUUUCUGAUCCUCGACAAAGAUAUGUGGUCAUUGGAAACACUUGAAACUCUUUGCACAAAUAAUGACAACACAUUAGUCGCCGGUGUAUUCACAAUAUCGCCAAUUUACUUCCAAACCAGCUCCGAGGCUUUUGUCAAUUUGAAUGUACAAUUUUGUCCACCAAAAGCUGGAAAAUACUGCAAGAAACUCUACAUUAUUUGCGAUAACAUGUCUGUGAGAAAUUUACAGCUAAUCGGCCAAGCGAAUCCGUUCAAUAAGAAUAUGCUGAAGUUUUUGAAUAUGGACAAAACGUUUCUUCCAAAUGUGAAUGACUGUUUUGAAGCUGAAUAUUUAUUAGACCUGGGAACAGUUUAUCGAGGAAAGCAGAAAUCAAAAAUAUUUACAAUUUUGAAUGAAAGCUUGUGCACUCUCGAUUUUCACUGGGAGCUCCAUCGUUACCCUCUUCCUGGGUACAAACGUAUGACGUCACGCAUGAUAGACCUUUCCCAUAAACAUGGCAGUUUUAUAGGGAAGAAGAGAAGGAAAUUCAGUGCCAACAUUAACAUGACUAGAGCGACUGAGGGAGAAUACAGAACUCUUGCAUGUUUAUACGUUGACAACUUGACUGAAGCAAAAGUUGACGAUUCGUUGAAGGGUGAUUUACUGAACCGAAGCAAGCGUAAGGGAUACUCACAGUUGGUGGCCAGAAUCGAAAUGCACGUUCAAUGCAAGGGUGUCCGAAUUGAACCGAAUACUAGUGUGAUUUCACUUGCAAGAAUUCCUCUUUUAUGCGGACCACAACAUAAAUACUCAACUUAUGUCACAAUCAAAAAUAAAUCGUUGGUACCUGCAAGAUGUGUUUGGAAAAGUUUGGAUUUCAACGGAAAAAUUCGAGCAAAGCUUGAAGUGCGACCUCCGUCGGCGAAAAUAUCAGCUAAAUGUGGAAGAAUAUUUGAGAUAUCAGUGACGGGACUCAGUCCUGGCUCUUUUAGUCAGUAUUUGGUAUGCACAGCUAAUGGAAAUGAACACAGAGUCCCUAUUUUAGUGGAAGGAGAGUGUACCAUGGGGUUUUUACAUGUCAGAGAUGAUUUCAUAAGUUGCGGACCCAUAAAAAAAGGUGACAAACUACGACUUGAUGUGUCAUUCGAAAAUUACACCGAUCGUAAGUGGUCCCGCAUGGUAACUGAAUACAGGUACCAUUCGCGAAAAUCCUACAAAAUCCCAAAAUUGACAGAGAGUCCCCAGCGGAAAAGUUGUAAGAGAUUUGUAGCACUAAAAAACAUGAAGAGAGGACUGUAUGAUAAUUACAGUAGAUUCAUCACAUUCAAGUAUGGUAGAGUGAAGACAAAUAUUAUGAAAAAUGUAAUUUGGUGCUCCCUGUUGAAGAUAAAAGUUGGUGAUGUAGAAGAUUUUAUAGGAGUUAUAGCAGAUAUAGAGCGACCGUUACUCACCUUAUCUGAGAACGCAGCUUCUGACAAUUUUCUACUGAUGAAUUACACUUCAGUGAUCAGACUGAAUCUCAAGAAUCAUUCUAGAAUCUCGGCAUCGUUUACAUGGAUUGAUGCGAUUGGUGAUGACAGCUCCUCAUUUGAUUGCAAGUUUGUUCCAUCGACGGGAGUUAUCAGGCCCCAUGUAAAGUGGCAGAUUCUGGUCUACUUGAAGCCGUUAGAGUUGAUUACUGCUAAAGACCUGCAUUUGAUCUGUAUUGUAGACGGUAUGGAGUCACCGCUGCUAGUGUCUGUGACAGGGGAAGUACAACCCCUUAUAGUUGAGCUCAAUUGGCUAGAGAACAGAAACGACACUGAACAACGCACUUUUGUCUGGAAAUCUGAAAAAUGGACUAAAUUUUAG